UAUCCACCAAUCACAUUCCAUCUUGUGAGCUUAUCGCUAGCCGGAUAUCCACUGAGUCAUUAUCCGAGGAGUUUCGACUUCGUUGUGGCGCCGAUCGAAAGCUAGAAGUACACUGGAGCAACAAUGGUGAAGAUUUUUAUUGGGAACCUGUCUGAGCACACUGAGAAGGACGACGUUGAAGCUCUGUUUACUAAAUAUGGCAAAGUGACAGAAUGUGCCAAGUUCAAAAAUUAUGCCUUUGUCCAUAUGGAGGACCGCAAGAUGGCCAACAAAGCCAUCCGUGAACUCCACCUCCACAAGCUCAACGGUAGGCCCAUCAAUGUGGAGCCCAGCAGAGGGAAGAACCAGGGCCCAGUGAAGCUCCACAUAGCCAAUGUAGAACAGGGCUUUGAUGAUGAGCUUCGUGCCCUCUUUGAAGAGUAUGGUACAGUCAGAGAGUGCGCCAUUGUCAAGAACUUUGCCUUUGUCCACAUGGACAAUGCUGAUGAAGCCAUGGAUGCCAUAAAAGGCCUGGACAACUCAGACUUUCAAGGAAAGCGCAUACAUGUUCAGAUAUCAAAAAGCAGACCCAGAGGGGCACCCGAGGAGGAGGACUAUCCACCUCCGCCAGGCAGAGGCUAUUAUCCCCCUCGCUACCCAGGGGAGAGGCCCGAGCCUCCCUACAGAGGCCGCAUGUCUGCUUACGGUCCUCCUCCUCCUCCACCUCCCCCUCCACCUCCUCCAAGACGAGCAGCUUAUCCUGACCGUGGCUAUGGCGAGCGAGACCCCUAUCGGAUGGUCGAUUACUAUGAGAAAUACAGAGCCCGUCCUUACAGCAUGCCACCCUACGAUGACAGGCGUUCUGGUGCCAUCCCCCCUCCUCCGCCUCCUCCCCCGGCACUGGUUAGAGAACGUCUCACAAUGGGGGGCCCUGACCCAUACGAGCGGCGUGUGCUUCCACCUCCUCCUCCGUCCUACAUGGCCAGGGAUAGAAGCCCCAUCAGACGAGCCCCCCCUCCACCUGCUCCACCAGCUGGUAACGGGUAUUCCUACGAGCGCUCCCGGCUCUCCCCGGUGUCCAGGGCUCCAAUGUAUGCACCUCCCCACCCCAGGGACUCCUUCUCAGAGAGACCACCACCACGAUAUGCAGGCUAUUAGAGUGUAAUUCAAGGUGAGAACAGAGAGGUUUAGAAUAUGACAAGAUCGGCGUCGUCUGCUGAUGUACGUGGCGCUAUACAUCCCCCUCGUCUAUGGCGGAUUGCGUUGCGUUCGCCUGAGACUUACUGGAAGAUACUGUUUUGCAGACCGCCCCGUAUUAAAACCAUAUGAUUCCAUGUCUACAGUUCACGUAUACUUCUGAGCUGUUUAUGCCUUUUCUGUUCCUCUGCUUGUUUUACUGUUCAAAUCCUUCAAAUGUUUUGCAGAAUAGGAUGCUGGCUUAGGUGCUAAGUCUAUAUCAGUGUGCCGCAGUACUGUUAAAUGGCCAAAAUCACCCUGCUCCUCAGUCUUUUUAAAUGGAUAUGGCCUCUGGGAAACUGACAUCAUUUCAUAACAAGGGAAGUCAUUUAAUGAUGAUAUAUCUAGUCUUUGUAAACAAAAUUACUGUGUUCAGAUUAAUGUUAUUGGUUGAUUAUAAAAUGCUCAUCAAAAUAAGUUACAAAAAAAUUCAGUUUCGAGGGGCUUUAAUAUGAUACGUGCUGUGGCAGGUUGUACCGUAAUCUGUUCAGAUUUGCGACACAUGUCAGCAUGGCUAGUCAAAAGUUCCAGUGUGGUUUUGUUCUUUUUACUUUUUGUGUUAUCUUUUCUUGCGAAACUAGAACAUAUAGCACCAAUAUGUAUGAUUUUAUUUACUUUACAAUUUUCUUUUCAUUUGAAGGCUUUUUAAUAAACAAAUCAAACCAAACCGGCGUUUUAACUGUCAAAUUCUUCCUCGUAGGACAGGCCUAAUGUUCACCAGGCCGGACACAGUUAGUGCUACUCAGGCGUUCAGCUCUUUACACGUUUUAGUUUGAUUCUUCACAGCCUUAAGAGGUAUCAGCUUGACACAUGGUAGGUGAUGUUUUCUUAGCCCUGAAAAUGCUGGAAACGUGAGCAACCAAGCCUGCGACGCGAAGUGAGACAUUGAGAAAUGUUUGCGCAGCUGUUCCCUGACUGGCGACCUGAUGAUGCUAUAGAUGAUUACUAACUUGGUAAAAUGCUUCUUUGCAAACUUAAAUAUAUACUAUGCAGGAUUUCCCCUCCCCCAAAAAAGUUUUGACUCAGACAGAAGUAAUCCAUCUCAGUUAUCACUUUGACCCACUAGAAGUGGGGUUCUUUUGCAUCCUUGAAAAGGAAAAAGGGGCAUUGAAUUAUAAUAUAUAAUAAUAUAUUAAGAAUAAGGCUUAAAUUUGUAUUAUAUAAAUAAAAAAAUAAAUGUCUUUAAAUCAAUCUUUCAAAAGUCUUUUAAAAUGAUAAGACAUGGGAACUAGGAUUUUAUGAAUUGUUUUCUGAUGUAUAUUUAAAGGGAAAGAUUCACACAUCCAGCUGUCACAGGUGUGUUGGAAAGAAUCAUUUGAGCCUUGAAAAGAACAUCCUGCACACUGCUCUUGCUUAGCAUCAAAAUGUAUUGAUUGUACUAACGUUUAGGUCCCUCUGGACCUUCUUGACGAAGGUCAAGAGUAUUAAUGAAGGUCCAGAGGGACUGAAAUGUGAGUAUAAUCAAUAAUUUGUGAUGCUGACCAAGCACAGUGUGCGGGAUUGUCUUUUUAGGUCUGACAUUGCAUUGUAAAAUCUCAAAAUAAAUGGUAACAUUGUUUUCAUUAACAUUAACCAGAUCAGGAUAGUGGAACCAACAACACCAUGUAUUUUAUGCAAAAAGUUCAUCAAGUUCAAAUCAAGCCAGUGUAACCUCACAUAUGGAGUGAGAACCACAAAAUUGUAAAGACAACCUGCUAAUAAAUGCCAAGUAUCUCCCAUUUAAGUUCUGCCCUCGUCUUGACCACAGUAUUGAAAAGUCAUGUUUUAUGAUACAAUUAACAUUUUGGCAGAAUUGUCCCUAACCCUAAUUAACUGAUGUCAGUUCAUAAUUUUUUUCUUUAACUUUGAUUAUUGUAAAAUUGGUAUUAAAUUUAGUUCCAAGUGGCAUUAAAAAUAUUAAAAAGGCUUAAAUCUAACUUGUCUAAAGCUGAAGAAACCCUGUAAAGUGAGUGAAAAGUGUGUGGUGGUGUAUUUCUUUCACAGAGACUCCGCUCUAUUCGGGAUGUUUAUGGGUGUGCAUCCCCACAGCGCUCAGGUUGUUAGACUCUAUGCAGGACAUGCCAACUCAUGGUAAGUCAUCUUCGGAAGAUGUGCAGCAAUGCAGCAUCCAGUAGAGAAGAGGUAGGUGUUGUUCAAACUUCUCUGCAAAACACCUCUUACUAAUGCUACAAAUAGUCUCCUGCCUCCCUCUUGUGUUUUCGUAUUUAUACUGCAGUGCUCCUUCAUUCUAGAUAAAGUCACAACUCUAAAAUUGUAUUUUCUGGAUGCCUCAAUGUUUUUUUGUUUUUUAUUGUGUUGUGCUCAGUGAUGAGUGUGAACACUGAUGCUGUCUCUUUGUCUGCAGGCCUGUCUCUGCUCUGGCAGCUAUAGUGGGUCUUGGAGUGAAUUCACAGGAGUUUGUUGUCUCUAAACAUUCCAAGCUGGGAAAAGAUGGGAUCAUCAGACAGUCCUGAAGAUAACGGAAGUGGAUUGGGUUCCUUAGUGAGAGUUUGGUCCAUUGGCUGGUGAGCUGGUGUGGAUGUCCAGUCCUCGGAAAACCUCUGUUGUUGAAUCUGUGUUCUCUGCAGUUGAUGGCCAAAACCAUAUAGUGUUACAAUCACUGGAUAUUGGCCUGAAAAAUUUACUUGAAACCUUAUCAUGAACUUUUACACACAACUGUGACCCUUGUUUUUCUAUUAUCUUUUUAUUCAUGCCUUUGAACUAUUUAUGAAACUAAAACUAUCUCAUACUUAAGUAUAUAAGCACUUGCAUACAAAUGUUUGUAGCAAAUGUGUUUUAUAGAUCAUCUUUGAUUUUUAAUAUUAAUGAUGAUAUAGACUAUUAACAUUGUGUUUUCAGUAUGAAAAGUUAAAAUGGUAAAUAAACACAUUUUUCUCAAAGUGAGAA